GCUCCUGUGUGGGGUGCUGUGGCCGCGCCUCCGGCCUGGGCUUCGCCAUGACCAGCGAGCUGGACAUAUUCGUGGGGAACACGACUCUUAUCGACGAGGAUGUGUAUCGCCUCUGGCUGGAUGGUUACUCGGUGAGCGACGCGGUGGCCCUGCGGGUGCGCUCGGGAAUCCUGGAGCAGACUGGCGCCACCGCAGCGGUGCUGCAGAGCGACACCAUGGACCACUACCGCACCUUCAACAUGCUCGAGCGCCUGCUGCAUGCGCCGCCCAAGCUGCUGCACCAGCUCAUCUUUCAGAUCCCGCCCUCCCGGCAGGCGCUGCUCAUCGAGAGGUGCUCACCUGGUGGGAUGGUGGGGACGACAACCUGUCUGACUAUAUACCCAUUUUGCAGGCUGAAGCUGAGGCCCGGGGAGGGGACGGGACUCACCCAGGCACUCAGAAGGUUAAAAGCAGAAAGGGUCAGACCCAGGCCCUGCCAGGCCCACUUUCCCCUUCUUUAUGGAGGGUCAGUGUGGUCCUCUGCCUCCACAAGGUACUACGCCUUUGACGAGGCCUUUGUUCGGGAGGUCCUGGGCAAGAAGCUGUCCAAGGGCACCAAGAAAGACCUGGACGACAUCAGUACCAAAACAAGCAUCACCCUCAAGAGCUGCCGGAGACAGUUUGACAACUUUAAGCGAGUCUUCAAGGUGGUGGAGGAAAUGCGGGGCUCCCUGGUGGAUAACAUCCAGCAACACUUUCUUCUCUCCGACCGGUUGGCCAGGGACUAUGCAGCCAUUGUCUUCUUUGCCAACAACCGCUUUGAGACAGGGAAGAAAAAACUGCAGUAUCUAAGCUUUGGCGACUUUGCCUUCUGUGCUGAGCUCAUGAUCCAGAACUGGACCCUUGGAGCCGUCGGUGAGGCCCCCACUGACCCAGACUCCCAUGUGGAUGACAUGGACAUGGAUUUAGACAAGGAGUUUCUCCAGGACUUGAAAGAACUCAAGGUGCUAGUGGCUGACAAGGACCUUCUGGACCUGCACAAGAGCCUGGUGUGCACCGCCCUCCGAGGAAAGCUUGGCGUCUUCUCUGAGAUGGAAACCAACUUCAAGAAUCUGUCCCGGGGGCUGGUGAAUGUGGCCGCCAAGCUAACCCACAAUAAAGACGUCAGAGACUUGUUUGUGGAUCUGGUCGAGAAGUUCGUGGAACCCUGCCGCUCCGACCACUGGCCACUGAAUGACGUGCGGCUCUUCCUGAAUCAGUAUUCGGCAUCUGUCCACUCCUUGGAUGGCUUCCGGCACCAGGCCCUGUGGGACCGCUACAUGGGCACCCUCCGUGGCUGCCUCCUGCGCCUCUAUCAUGAUUGAGGCCCUUCUCCCAUCACCCUGCUCACACUGAUAAUAAAGUUGCCAUGAGUUUGGAGA